AUGGAUUCCGAGCAACGGCGGAAGAGAAAGCGUUUAGGUAAGCCUUACCUUCCGCCAAAGUUCUGCUCAGUGAGAUCUCUAGUCGUAUGCCUCUCCUUCUUUGUCUUCCUUCUCUUCUUGUCCUCCGACCGUUUUCCCCUCAGUCCGACGUCGUUUCGACCUGCUCUAAGCUCCUCCCCGACCUUUACUCUCUUCUACUCCGCCGCCAGCAACUCUAUCCUUGAUUCUUUUGGCACCAGAAGACAACAACGAGUUUCCAGAGUGGAAGAGCGAAUCUUGUUCCCUGACCAUGUACUUCUACUGGUGGCCGGUGCUAGACUUCGCCAGCCUGCCUUGCUCGACUGCGUCUACUACAUCUCCUCCACCAAUGGCUCCAGGGAGUUAAUUGACGAGGGAAGAGCUGGGCUCGUUGUUCGACCGGCAUUGUCCACCGACGGCUACGAUGAGUUCCGAUCGAUUGUGAGAUGUCCACAUCCUCCGGCGAAUUACUCCGCUGCAGUGGAUUUGAGGAGACGCGGAGACUCUGUGAACGAGUAUUGGCCCUCCUCACCUAUUAAGCGGGUAGUACAUUCAUGGGACAAGGUAGUUUAUGAGGCUGUUCUGGAUAGAGAUACGGUUGUUGUGUUCGUUAAGGGGUUGAAUCUCAGGCCCCAUCGGAAAUCCGAUCCGACUCAGUUACGAUGUCGAUUUGGGUUGAAGCGUGGGGAAACAGACGAAGGGUUUGUGCUUACAACUCCGGCGAUAACGGCGGCACAAGAGGUUGUCCGGUGCCCAUUGCCUAGGAGUAUUCAAAUUAAUCCAGAAAAGGCUAAGGGAAUUCGUGUAACCAUUGGUUAUACCAGUAGGAAUCAGAAAUAUCCACGCCGUAAUGCUUUACCUUCCGCUGCUAGAAUUAACAGUUCUAAAUCCCGUGUACAGAUAAACAGAAGAAGAAAUGAGUUGAAGAAGAAGAAGAAGAAGCAUGAGCUUUGUGUGUGUACAAUGGUGUGGAACCAAGCUCCUGCUCUGAGGGAGUGGAUUAUGUACCAUGCGUGGCUUGGAAUCGAGGGCUGGUUCAUAUACGACAACAAUAGUGAUGAUGGGAUUGAAGAAGUAGUUCAAGAGCUUGACCUUGAAGGAUACAAUGUGAGUAGACAAAGCUGGCCAUGGAUUAAAACACAGGAAGCUGGAUUCUCACAUUGUGCGUUGAAAGCAAGAGAAGAAUGCAACUGGGUCGGAUUUUUUGAUGUGGAUGAGUUCUUCUACCUCCCUAACACGUUUCGGCAGCCCCAGGGACUUGGUUUUCCGGGUCAGAAUUCGCUGGGAGAGCUUGUGGCCAACUUCUCCUCAUCCACCUCAAUUGCUGAGAUAAGAACAACUUGCCACAGCUUUGGACCAUCAGGGUUGAGCUCUCCCCCACCGAAAGGGGUGACUGUAGGAUACACUUGCCGGCUCCAAAGCCCCGAGAGACAUAAAUCUAUUGUGCGCCCUGAAUUGCUGGACGUGACUCUUCUCAAUGUAGUGCACCACUUCAGGCUCAAGGAGGGGUAUAGGUACCUGAAUGUACCUGAAAACAUUGCCCUGAUUAACCACUACAAAUACCAGGUGUGGGAUACCUUUAGAGCCAAGUUCUACCGAAGGGUGGCUACUUAUGUUGUUGAUUGGCAAGAGGAACAAAAUAAGGGAUCAAAGGAUAGAGCACCGGGCUUAGGCACCGCAGCCAUUGAACCACCCAAUUGGAAACGGCAAUUCUGUGAAGUUUGGGACACUGGAUUAAGAGACUUUGUUUUGGCCUACUUUGCUGACCCUGCAACAGGUUCAUUGCCUUGGGAGUUGAGGUCUCUCUCUUCUUCUCUAACAAAUUCAAAGCAAGGGGUGCUUCCAGCUAGGUAGGCAGGCACCUAUGUAAACACACAGCAGUCAUACAAAGCCAUUCUUUUUCAAUUUAAUUUUUUGUUCUUCUAUCUGAUUUUUUUCUUCUUUACAUAAAUAUAUAUAGGAAUUUAUGAACUCAUUACAGGAUUCUUAUACAGUUGUAAAUUUUUUAACGAUAUGAAAUGAAUUAUUCUUCUCUUU